CUGGAGAGAAGACAGAGAGACAGGACAGAGGACCCAGGCUACAGCCACCCUAGAGAAGAACUAGCUCGUUCCUGCCAGGCUGGCCAGCUGUGGAAACAGCUGUAGAGUAGAGCAAAGGGGAUCACCCUAUUUUUCUGCUGUAUUCACCGCUCCUGGUGUGGACUCUGGGGGCCUCUGGGGCAGACCUCUGGCUAACCUCCCUUCUGGGCAGUACCUGCAGUUCAGGAGCUGAGACCACUGCCCCCCAUCCCCCCCACUUCUCGGGCCAGAGCCCCAGUGACCUGGUCAGGGUGGGUCCUUCUCCGUGGAGAUGCCAGCAGCUCGUCGGUUCCCGGGCCUCGAGCUCUCGUUCCCUCUUCUAGCCAGACUCCGGCGGAGACUGUACACAAGGCUGGGGAGCAGCAGCAUGCAGCCGGAGGAGGGCACGGGCUGGCUGCUAGAGCUGCUGUCCGAGGUGCAGCUCCAGCAGUACUUCCUGCGCCUCCGCGACGACCUCAACGUCACCCGCCUGUCCCACUUUGAGUAUGUCAAGAAUGAGGACCUGGAGAAGAUCGGCAUGGGCCGGCCCGGCCAGCGGCGGCUGUGGGAGGCCGUGAAGAGGAGGAAGGCCAUGUGCAAACGCAAGUCCUGGAUGAGCAAGGUGUUCAGUGGAAAGCGGCUGGAGGCUGAGUUCCCCCCUCAUCACUCGCAGAGCACCUUCCGGAAGACCUCGCCCACCCCGGGGGGCUCUGCUGGGGAGGGGUCCCUGCAGAGCCUUACCUGCCUCAUUGGGGAGAAGGACCUGCAUCUCUUCGAGAAGCUGGGAGAUGGCUCCUUUGGCGUGGUGCGCAGGGGCGAGUGGGACGCCCCCUCGGGGAAGACGGUGAACGUGGCUGUGAAGUGCCUGAAGCCUGACGUGCUGAGCCAGCCGGAGGCCAUGGACGACUUCAUCCGGGAGGUCAAUGCCAUGCACUCGCUUGACCACCGAAACCUCAUUCGCCUCUACGGGGUGGUGCUCACACCGCCCAUGAAGAUGGUGACAGAGCUGGCACCUCUGGGAUCAUUGUUGGACCGGCUGCGCAAGCACCAGGGCCACUUCCUGCUGGGCACCCUGAGCCGCUACGCUGUGCAGGUGGCUGAGGGCAUGGGCUACCUGGAAGCCAAGCGUUUCAUCCACCGGGACCUGGCCGCCCGAAAUCUGCUGUUGGCCACCCGUGACCUGGUCAAGAUAGGGGACUUCGGGCUGAUGCGAGCACUGCCCCAGAAUGACGACCACUACGUCAUGCAGGAACAUCGCAAGGUGCCCUUUGCCUGGUGUGCCCCAGAGAGCCUGAAGACACGCACCUUCUCCCACGCCAGCGACACCUGGAUGUUUGGGGUCACGCUGUGGGAGAUGUUCACCUAUGGCCAGGAGCCCUGGAUUGGCCUCAAUGGCAGUCAGAUCCUGCAUAAGAUUGACAAGGAGGGGGAGCGUCUACCCAGGCCCGAGGACUGCCCCCAGGACAUCUACAAUGUCAUGGUCCAGUGCUGGGCUCACAAGCCUGAGGACAGACCCACCUUUGUGGCCCUGCGGGACUUCCUGCUGGAGGCUCAGCCCACCGACAUGCGGGCCCUUCAGGACUUCGAAGAACCUGACAAGCUGCACAUCCAGAUGAACGAUGUCAUCACCGUCAUCGAGGGGAGGGCUGAGAAUUACUGGUGGCGUGGGCAGAACACACGGACGCUGUGCGUGGGGCCCUUCCCUCGCAACGUGGUGACCUCCGUGGCUGGCCUGUCGGCCCAGGACAUCAGCCAGCCGCUGCAGAAUAGCUUCAUCCACACAGGGCAUGGCGACAGCGACCCCCGCCACUGCUGGGGCUUCCCUGACAAGAUUGACGAACUGUAUCUGGGAAACCCCAUGGACCCUCCUGACCUGCUGAGCGUGGAACUAAGCACAUCCAGGCCCACCCAGCAUCUGGGCAGGGUGAAAAGGGAGCCUCCACCUCGCCCUCCUCAGCCUGCCAUCUUCACUCAGAGUAAGUGGGGCUGCUCCCGGUGCCUUGGCCCCCGCCCCCGCCCCCUCUCUCCUCUCACUCCUCUCCUUCUGGAAGAACCAACCUACGACCCCGUGAGUGAGGACCAAGACCCCCUGUCCAGCGACUUCAAGAGGCUGGGCCUGCGAAAGCCAGGACUGCCCCGUGGGCUGUGGCUCGCGAAGCCCUCAGCCCGGGUGCCAGGCACCAAGGCCGGCCGCGGUGGUGGCGAGGUCACGCUCAUCGAUUUCGGCGAAGAGCCUGUUGUGCCGGCCCCAAGGCCCUGUGCCCCAUCACUGGCACAGCUGGCCAUGGACGCCUGUUCCUUGCUGGACAAGACCCCGCCACAGAGCCCUACACGGGCCCUGCCCCGGCCCCUGCAUCCCACGCCUGUGGUGGACUGGGAUGCGCGCCCGCUGCCCCCGCCUCCCGCCUACGAUGACGUGGCCCAGGAUGAGGAUGACUUCGAGGUCUGCUCCAUCAACAGCACCCUCGUGGGCGCCGGGGUCUCUGCUGAGCCCAGCCAGGGCGAGACCAACUACGCCUUUGUGCCUGAGCCGGCGAGGCUCCUCCCCCCGCUGGAAGACAACCUGUUCCUCCCACCCCAGGGUGGGGGCAAGCCACCCAACUCGGCCCAAACCGCAGAGAUCUUCCAGGCGCUGCAGCAGGAAUGCAUGCGGCAGCUGCAGGUCCCGCCUGGCUCUCUGGUCCCCUCACCCAGCCCUGGGGGUGAUGACAAGCCCCAGGUGCCCCCCCGGGUGCCCAUCCCCCCGAGGCCCACGCGCUCGCGUGGUGAGCUGUCUCCGGCCCCCCCAGGUGAGGAGGAGAUGGGCCGGUGGCCCGGACCUGCCUCCCCUCCCCGGGUGCCUCCCCGGGAGCCCCUGUCUCCACAAGGCUCCAGGACUCCCAGCCCCCUGGUGCCACCUGGCAGCUCCCCACUGCCUCCCCGGCUCUCCAGCUCACCUGGGAAGACCAUGCCCACCACCCAGAGCUUUGCCUCAGACCCCAAGUAUGCCACACCCCAGGUGAUCCAGGCGCCUGGCCCGCGGGCCGGCCCCUGUAUCUUGCCCAUCGUCCGAGAUGGGAAGAAGGUCAGCAGCACCCACUACUACCUGCUGCCCGAGCGCCCGCCCUACCUGGAGCGCUACCAGCGCUUCCUGCAUGAGGCCCAGAGCCCCAAAGAGCCAGACCCCAUGCCCGUGCCCCUGCUGCUGCCCCCUCCCAGCACCCCAGCCCCAGCCGCCCCCACUGCCACUGUUCGACCAAUGCCCCAGGCUGCCCCAGACCCCAAGGCCAACUUCUCCAGCAACAACAGCAACCCAGGGGCCCGGCCAUCCGCCCUGAGGGCCACUGCUCGGCUGCCACAGAGGGGCUACCCCGGGGACGGGCCAGAGGCUGGGCGGCCUGCAGACAAGAUCCAGAUGCUGCAGGCCAUGGUGCAUGGGGUGACCACAGAGGAGUGCCAGGCGGCCCUGCAGAGCCACAGCUGGAGCGUGCAGAGGGCUGCCCAGUAUCUGAAGGUGGAGCAGCUCUUUGGUCUGGGUCUGCGGCCACGAGGCGAGUGCCACAACGUGCUGGAGAUGUUCGACUGGAACCUGGAACAGGCCGGCUGCCACCUACUGGGCUCCUGCGGCCCUGCCCACCACAAGCGUUGAGAUGCCUGAAAAGCCAGAGGAUCUGCCCUGAAGGAAUCACUUAAGCUUGUCCAUCUGAGGAGGGCGGGGAGACUCCCUGCCAGGCCUGGAGGACCUGCUGCAUCCACAGCUCCCAGUGGCAGAGCGAGGCCACGGCAGCAGGAAGCUGGGACCCCCGCCCUGCCUGUCCCUCGCUCCCCCAGUGCUGACCCUGCAGCUCCAGAGCCUGUGGUGCCCCAGCCAAGGUGCAGGAGGGACCUGCCUCUGGGCUUUAGUCCCUGGUGGAGCCUGUGGCUAAAGGGUGAGGCCAGGCCUUGCCGGCGGGAAAGCCAGACUUGACCUUGGGCAGGGAGGAUGUGUUGGCCAUACAGAGAGGUGGACCAGGGAGUGGGUGGGGGCCCUUCACAGGGCUAGGCCCUUUCCAGGGAGCCCUGUCGAACAGAAUGUGGCCUCACCAUGGACGUAUUAUGGGACUUGGCCGGUCUUAGGAUCUUGUGCCUGAAAAUAGCCUGAGGUGGCUCAGGUAGCAGAGCUAGGGUGCCAGUUCGUUCUCUGGCAGGGACCAGGGCCCCAGGGCCCAGGAUUGGAAGGAGACCAAGGGGGCAGCUGCCCUGGAGGGACACCAGUGCUUCCUCUUUGACCCAGCUCUUCCCCUGUGCUGUUCCGUGUUUUCCCACCAGUCUCUGUCGCCAAAGUUGCUGCCCCAGCUAUGAAUAUCUGCUUCUUCCAGAGAAAUAAAGUUAGUUUCUAUUUUAUGUUA